CCACCCACCCUUUGCUUUGUCCUCCCCUCCUUUGUCCUUUGCUCCUACCCUUCCUAUUUUUUUUGGGCCUCUCCUUCCUUUAUUUGUGUUCUUAAAAGUUCCAAGGACAAACUGCCCAGAAUGGGUGUUAAAGGGCAGUUGGCCUUCUAGAGUGCCCAAUUUGGAGUGGAAAGGAAAGUAGAGAGAGUGGGGGGAGUGGGUGUUGGAGUGGUGUGUAGGAGUUGGAGUUUGUGAUUGGGAGAGAAUGAGGGAAGUGGGGAGGAAACAGGGGACGGUGUCGCCGUGCGCCGCCUGCAAGCUGCUGCGGCGGCGGUGCGCGCAGGACUGCAUCUUUGCGCCCUACUUCCCGGCGGACGAACCGCAGAAGUUUGCCAAUGUGCACAAGGUCUUUGGAGCUAGCAAUGUCAGCAAGCUUUUGCAGAUGACACUAUGUUCAAGUUGCACCCCCAAGAUGAAAUCGUUCCAAAAUGACCUGAGACAUUAUGAAUUGGACCGGGUGCAGGAGCUGCCGGCGCACCACCGGAGCGACGCCGUGAGCAGUCUGGUUUACGAAGCGAAUGCCCGGGUGCGAGACCCGGUCUACGGGUGCGUGGGCGCCAUCUCCUCCCUCCAGCGCCAGAUCGAGUCCCUCCAGACCCAACUGGCCGUCGCCCAGGCCGAGAUGGUGCGCCUCCGCAUGCGCCACGCCACCUGCCUCGCCCACCUCGGAUCCCGGACCCACACCACCGCCCUGGGGACCGCGAGCGCCAGCACAACCGGCUCCUCCUCCAUGGCGUCGCCCAAGCAGCAACUGAUCGCACCCGACCAGCACGCACCCAAGUCCGUCUUCGCCCUUGACAUGGUCAUCGUCGACCAGACCAGCUUGGGCGAGCCACCAAUAUGGUCUUGCUAGCCUCGAUCGCUAACUCCUUUUUCUUCUUCCCCCUCCUACUUUUGGUACUUAGAAGCUAUCUAAUUAAGUUAGAUUAUUAUCAGCAUAAAUAUGCAAGUGUUUUGUGCCUGGAGGCACAUAUUUUUGUAUAUUCUGCCUUACCAUGAAGGCAUAUAUAAGUAUAUAUAUAUAUAUAUACAUAUAUAUGUAUGAUGUUAUGGACCUUAAGGAUUAUGGUUCUGUAUUGUUCGACAGGUAUGAUGAUACUCGUGUUGGAAAGUUUAAUUAUAAAAGGCUCAUGUUAGGUGGAUUGUGGUUU